CUGGUCCCUGAUCGGAGCGGGGUUACACCACCGCCCCUCCGACUCUCCGGCUCCAGUCAGAGGCGCCUUCAGGAGCAGAGGCAGCGGGAGCCGCUGCGCCAACAUGCGGACAGAGAGCAGCGACCUGCGGGGCGCUGAGCCGUCUCACCGGGACCCGCUGACCGGGGAAGUUCAGGGCUGAGUCCGCUCUUGUUCAGCGGGGACCCGGGUCAUGGGCAGCGGGGAACCUUUUCUGUGACCUGCCCGGUGAGCGGUGCGCCUGCUGCGCUCACACCUGGACCUGUGCCCUCCAGACCGGGUCCACGUCGGGGGACACCCGGUCCACCCGGUCCACGUCAGGGGACACCCGGUCCACCCGGUCCACCGGAGCGAGUCUGUCUGUUCUGGAUUUACGCGCAGAGGAGAUGGAUACCUCGUGUUAUUUCGUGGCGGUGUUUAUGCUCCUUCUCUCUCUGGGCUUCAGGGUGGAGGAGGGCAUGUGCCAACACUACUACCUCCUCCGGCCCAUUCCCAGUGACUCUCUGCCCGUGGUGGAGCUAAAGGAGGACCCGGACCCGGAGCUGGACCCUAAGGAGAAGGACCUGAACGAGACGGAGCUCCGGGGCGCACUGGGCAGCCACUUCGACCCGCUCUUCAUGUCCGUGUCCCCGCCGGAGGACAGACACGCGGGGAACGAGGAUGCGAGCGACGCCGAGAUGCUGCAGAAGCUCUCGGGGGCGAUGCCCAAAGAGAUCCGGGCCAUGGAGUUCGAGGUCCAGCACGGCAAGAAGCAGAAGCCGAGCAAGAAGCUCCGGAGGCGGCUGCAGCUGUGGCUGUGGUCGUACGCCCUGUGCCCGGUGGUUUACGCGUGGACCGACCUGGGCGGCCGCUUCUGGCCGCGCCACGUGAAGGUGGGGAGCUGCUCCAACAAGCGCUCCUGUUCGGUGCCGGACGGGAUGCUCUGCAGACCGGCCAGGUCCACGCACUUCACCGUCCUGCGCUGGCGCUGCCUGCAGCGGAGAGGCGGCCUGCGAUGCGCCUGGAUCCCGGUCCAGUACCCGAUCAUCUCCGAGUGCAAGUGCGCGUGUCCGAACUGACACGAUCCUGUUCCAACUGCAGAAGUUCAAUCUGAUGUUCAAAAUGUUUCACGUCAACAAAAAACUCACAUUUUCAGACUCGCUGUCGGGACGUUUAUGUGACGGACAUGUGUCAGUGUUAUUCAUAUAAUCAUCUGUUUGUAUUUAUGAUGAAUCCACAGUGUUGAAAACACUGAUGAUGAUGAUGAUGAUGAUGAAAACUUCUCAUGUUAAAAAGCUGUCGAAUAAAAAGCUGCUCUAUGAAUCACAACAACUCAAAAACUGUGCCGCUACUUAGUCUCAACAAGUCUCAUUUGUUUUAUUACAGGAAGUAAUCCGAUUACUGAUAAUACUCCUGCAUGUAAUGUGUGUACUGAAAGUAUUACAAGUAAAAGUACUCGAAGCGGAAA